AUGGUGACAACAACUCAUCCAUGUGUCGUUAUCGGACAAGGAACAAUAUCUCUACCUCAAUUUCACCUCCUCUUCAGUCCCAAUAAACGCUCGAAUCUCUGCGUAUCAGUUCCUUACCAACCAUAUUCAUUCUCUGCUUCUAUAUCAACCAGAAAAUCAUCAUCUUCGAUCUUUCUCCGUAAUUGCUUCGCCGUUGAUGAUGAUGAUUCUGUUUCCAGUUCGUGUAAUGAUAAUUGGGAUUGGAAUCGUUGGAGCCGACACUUCUCUGAGAUUGAAAAACUCGAGUCUUUAGUUUCUCUUCUCAAGAUUCAACUUGAAGAGGCUAUUGAAAUUGAAGACUUUGAAGAAGCAGCAAAAUUGAAAACAGAUAUUGAAAAAGCUACUUUGAAUGAUACUGUCUCUGAGAUCAUGUCACAGUUACAGGCUGCAAUACGCGAAGAGCGUUACAGUGAUGCUUCCAGGUUAUGUAGCGAGACAGGAAGUGGACUGGUGGGUUGGUGGUUUGGUUGUUCUGAAGAUUCGGAGGAACCAUUUGGCAGAAUUGUACGCAUAACGCAAGGUUUUGGUAGGUUUAUUGGCAAGAGUUACAGUCCAAGACAGCUGAUGACUGCAGCCGCUGGAACGCCUCUGUUUGAGAUCUUUGUUGCUAAAGACUCUGACGGAGAAUAUGUUAUGCAGGUGGUGUAUUUGCAACGUGUCGAGCCAACCCCGCCCAUUUCCGAGAAAUCCUAUUUAAGAGCACAGCAAUCAUCAAAUGCCUCGAUUAAGGACCCAUCCAUUCUUGAUGUAGGAGGAGGUGAAGUGAAGGUGGAUAAAAAAGAAGAUAAGCCACUAAUUGGCAAGAAAUCAACUGAAGAAGGGAUUAAAAAUGUGAUAAAAUAUCUGAAAGAUAAAAUCCCAGGCAUAAAAGUGAGAGCAAAAGAGGAUGUUAGUAUCCCCAAGGAAGAGGUUGUAGGCAGUGAUGAUGCUAUGGGAGAGCUUGUCGAAGAAGGCAUUGAGGAAACUAAUUCUGCUGAUGAAGAAGAAGGUGACAGUAACGAAGAAAUUUCAUCUAUGGAUAGCGAUGAUAUUGGAAAAUAUUUGAACAAGCUUUUCAUCGGAGGGGUUCUCCAUAACACAGAGGAUUCCUCUAUAAAGGAUGAGCUUGUCCGUGUUUCGGCCGAUAUAAUUGAUAAUGAAAGAGAUUCCUUUAUCUUGCAUGUUCCUAAGAGAAGUGAGGAUGGUAAUGAUUCAAUAAAAAAUACAGUGUCCAAAGAACAAGUAACAGCUCUACCAGCUCAAGGAAUAUCAGAGCUGAUGCCACCAGAGGUUGCCAAAGCGUUCUGGGGUCCAGAGAAAGCUUUGAAGGUAUCAAGAAAGGUGCGUGAAAUUGUCAAGCUUGCUAUUAGUCAGGCGCAAAAAGCAAAUCGGCUCUCUGAAUAUACAACAUUUAAUAGAAUCAUAUCUCCUGAUAGCAACUUAGACCCUUUUGAUGGCUUAUAUGUUGGGGCGUUUGGACCUUAUGGCACCGAGAUAGUGCAACUUAAGCGUAAGUAUGGUCGAUGGGACAAUGGAGAGGAAAGUGACUCCUCAGAUAUGGAGUACUAUGAAUAUGUUGAGGCUGUGAAGUUGACAGGGGAUCCAAAUGUACCGGCUGGCCAGGUGACAUUUCGGGCAAAGAUUGGGAAGCGGAGUACCUGGCGCAGUGGUACAAUAUUCACAGAGGAAUUGGGAGUGCUUGCAACUUACGGAGGACAAGGAAGAAUUGCAGACUUUGGGUUUAAAAACCCGAAAUGGGUCGAGGGCAAGCUUUUGAAACUCAAUGGAAAGGGAAUGGAACCAUAUACGAACGGUGCGGAUCUUGGAUUUGUAUAUAUUGGCCCUGAGCAGAGUUUCUUGGUACUUUUCAAUCGUUUGAGACUGCCUCAGUGA